CACUUGAAAGAGAGAGGUCUAUAAUUUACAAGGAUGCAUGAGUUUUCCAAACUCAUUCGAAGUUUGAAGUCCAUUUGAAUGACCUAAAACAUAAUUAUAGGUUAAAAGGUAGGCUAUUAGUACCUUACAUGAAUCCAAACAAGUUAAAUAUUGAUAUUGUGGUUUAUACAUUUUUACUAAGUAUUUAUUAUGAUUAUAAAUAUCCUAUUAUAUGCAUAUAGUCUUUUACUUUCGUUACAUAAUUAUUAAUCUCUUCUCCACCCCUUUUCUUAAUGUGUCCUGUUCGCCUUCUCGGUAAGCGCUUCCACUUUGCAAUACUGAUAUCACUGUGCUGUGCGCAACUCCGCCGGCUUCGGAAUGUAGACGCUAAGACGUCUGUCUCCACAAUGGAACUACAAUCCGAACUGCUCAAGUCCAUCUGGUACGCCUUCACAUCGCUGGACAUGGAGAAAUGCGGCAAAGUAUCGAAAUCCCAGCUGAAGGUUAGAUUUGAAGUGUAAUAUUUCCAAGUGCUGAGCUUUAUAAUCAGGAAAUGGGUGUUGAAUUGCCUCUGUGCCUCUGGCGCCAGCUUCUUACUCAUAACCUUAUAAACAAACAUUUUGACGUUUGAAGAUCUGAUCAAGAUAGCCUUAAAAAAUACAUCGUUAGCCUCUUACAAGUUGUUAUAUUAGGCUAUAAUAAAUGAUUCCGCUUGAAUCUAGGGAUGUAAACCAUUAUAAAGUUAACAGUCCACUUGUAAAAAUAAUAAUUUGCAUGCAUCAUGCAGGAAUACUGCUGAGUAUGAGAAACAUACACAUGAAGACAUUCUCUCACUCACUCACUCACACACACACUUUGGAUACAUUGGUGACUUUAAAACAUGGAUACACACUCAUGAGUGUGUAUCCAUGAAACCCUCUUCAGUGAGUAAUAUCAACAGCGGCAGCCUACACACACACAUAAAUAGGUGCAUCUAGGUCAGGCGGUAGUCAACUAUGCCCUCAUUUCAAAGUCCAGGUCUGUCCCUCUCCCUUUACUGCACUCAACCUGUACACAUGACAACAUAUCAAAGUUUACUGUACAACAGAAACAGACGGUGUGUUCAGACAUCUUCCCCAGUCAUCUUCCCCCUCACUCAGUCUCUGGCCUGUCGAGUUCAAACACGUUGCGUUCGCCCUAUGGUGAGAAUCCCAGGAAAUAGCAGGCAGGUGUCCAGACAUGCUCACACUGAGAGGGCUGUGUGUGUGUGUGUGUGUGUGUGUGUGUGUGUGUUGGUUGUUUCAUAUGAUUUGAGAUUAUUUGAGUUUAUGUGCCCUAUUUUAGUAACCACUUACAUACUGUAUAUAUAGGAAUAGUAGAUUUAAUAUUAACAGUAACAUAAUACAUUUUAAAGGGUCAUUUAUGGGAGAUUCUCAUUUGGCCAAAAUACUAUCCUCUCCUCGAAUCCUCCAUCCUCUCUCCUCCGUGACCCAAAAACCGAUAAGUUGUAGAGUGGUCGAGGAUAGUGUCAAUUAGUUUGAAACAGAGGAGUGUCCUCGUGUCCGAGAUGGCCUCCUCCAGGCGAGGAAGCACAAGAGUAUCCUUCGUGGAAGAGUUUUGAAUCAGCUGUUGUUUACUCAGAGGAGGAAAGUAUGCAUAUUUAAAAGCUAAAUGCUACUUAUUCUUAUAUCUAUAAAAUGUUCAGCACAACUAGCUACAUGUCUUUUUAAUACUUUACACAUUUAAUUUGGGAUUCCACCCCAUGAAAUGUAAUUUACAUGAUGAUGAGCGAGUGAAGAAAGAGAGUAUAAUUUCAGACAAGCGUAUUUGUUUCCACAUUUCCUCCCCUCCCCUCCUCUCCUCGGUUACCUUUGACCUUUUGAAAAGGAGGCAAGGAGAGGAUAACUGAGGACGGAGGAGUUGAGUGAUCCAAUUGAGAAUCUCCCUUUGACACAGGCAUUUUCUUCAUUUUUCUGUGUGUGUGUGUGCGUGCAUGUCACAGGUUCUCUCCCACAACCUGUGCACGGUGUUGAACAUUCCUCAUGACCCCGUGGCGCUGGAGGAACACUUCCAAGACGAUGACGAUGGACCCGUGUCAAACCAUGGCUACAUGCCGUACCUCAACAAAUACAUACUGGCCAAGGUAACCAUCACAUCACUACUCAAUUGAGGAUUUUCACAUUGAGAUGAGUGAAUUCCAGUCCAUUCAGGAGAUGAAUUGCACUUGAUCUUGAUCUUAAUCUUAGUUCACCCAAAUUACAAAACGACAUAUUGGUUUCCUUAACCUGUGAGCAAAACUGAAGCAUGCAUUGCUGUCUUACCUUGUUCAUAGACUGCUUACAGGGUAUUGAAACCAAUAUGUAAUUUAGUCAUUUGGGUGAACUAUCCCUUUAACCUCUUUACCAGUACUAAUUAAUGAAUUAACCCCUGGUGUGCUGCACCCAGGUCAAAGAGGGUGCGUACGACAAGGAGACGUUUGACGACCUGUGCUGGAUGAUGACCAUGAAGAAAAACUACAAACCUACCAGCGGCCAGGGGGGGCUGCUGUGCUCCCUGAGAGACUGCUUCAAACUUUUCUGUCUCUUCAACCUGCUGUCGGAGGACCACUACCCGCUCAUCAUGAUCCCACAGGAGGUGAGGGGGGUGGAGGGAUGAGGGGGGCAGGGAGAGACUGACUUCCAUUGGCACAUUUAAAUAUAAAGUCAGUAUCUUUCAGAGAGAAAGAGAGGAAAGGAGAUGUGUAGGUAGGGAGGAAAUAGUUCAUCUGGAAAAGAGAGUGAGAAGUGGGAAAGGAGGAGAGCUGAAGAGGGAGGGAGAAAUAGAGGGUGAAUAGAUACACAUACAGGACUGUAUAUAAACAGAGUAAGAAAAUAGUCGUAGUUAUGCAGUCCGGUGGCCAUCUUUGACUACACUGUGUGCUUUGACGCUUGCAGUAUACAAACUGUAUCUUUAUCGAUAGCCCCUUGCAAAAAAAUCACUAAUCUAGGUCCUUACUUCCUGAGCUCCUCCCCCUAAGCAGGAAGUCGGGGUGGAAUAAACCAAUAGGAGGGAGGUUGGUUUCCUGUUGAUAACACGUGAACUCACUCGAUAUCAUCUGCAGGCUUUAUGAAGAUGUGUUGCAACUUGCUGACCACAGCAUUAUCCCUUUACUAGAUCACUUUCUGAAUAUGGGUCCCAGCAAAUUGACCCAUAGAAGGAUAAAGAUAUUUUCUGACUUGUAACUUUACAUGUGUAAUCCAAAAUGUCACAUUUAUCCCCCCCCCACACACACAGGUGGAGUACCUGCUGAAGAAAAUCUCCACUGCGAUGAACCAGGAGUGGGACGGCAAGCCCCUGGAGGACCUGCUAUCCCAGGUUGACUCUGUCCAGGAGGAGGGCAUGUCGGUGUGGGUGUUCCUGGAUCACAUGGGCGCCGGGAGGCUGCUGAGGGUCAGCAGUGUGGAGGCCUUCAGUCUGGCCCUGGACCAAGUCUUCUUGGGAGAUGUACCACAACGUCCUCAAGAGGGUGAGUUGGUGGGAGUGUAUGGAUGUGGCCCCGGGGUGAGGGGAGGGAUGUGUAGCUGUGUGUGUGGGGGGGGGACAGGGGAGUGGGGCUGUUUUUAUGUGUUUGCGCUGAAUGAAAUUCACAAUACAGGGACACUGAUCAAUCCCUCUCUCUCUGUCUGUCUCUCUCUCUCUCUCGCAGGGUUACAUGUGGAAAAAGGGACAUGUGCGUAGGAACUGGAUGGAGCGUUGGUUUGUACUCAGGCCAUCCUUCAUGACCUACUACGCCAGCGAGGACCUAAAAGACAAGAAGGGAGAGAUUCCAUUGGACCAGAAUUGCGUUGUGGAGGUAAUCUUGUUAUUCUGGUUUAUCUUUGAAUCCAAAAACCAGUAGAAAAAAUCUUGGCUAGGAUUAUUAUUUAUUCGCUAAUGGCUGAGUGCAUCGCUACUGCGUACCUGAGACUGAGAUGUGCAAAAGUAUGUAGACACCCCUUCAAAUGAGUGGAUUCUGCUAUUUCAGCCACACCUGUUGCUGACAGGUGUAUAAAAUCGAGCACACAUCCAUGCAAUCUCCAUAGACACACAUUGGCAGUAGAAUGGCCUUACUGAAGAGCACAGUGACUUUCAACGUGGCACCGUCAUAGGAUGCCACCUUUCCAACAAGUCAGUUUGUCAAAUUUCUGCCCCGGUCAACUGUAAGUGCUGUUAUUGUGAAGUGGAAACGUCUAGGAGCAACAACGGCUCAGCCGCGACGUGAUAGGCCACACAAGUUCACAGAACGGGACCGCCAAGUGCUAAAAAUCUUCUGUCGUCAGUUGCAACACUCACUACCGAGUUCCAAACUGCCUCUGCAAGCAACGUCAGCACAAUAACUGUUUGUUGGGCGCUUCAUGGGUUUCCAUGGCUGAGUAGCCGCACACAAGCCUAAGAUCACCACGUGCAAUGCCAAGCAUCGGCUGGAGUGGUGUAAAGCUCGCCGCCAUUGGACUCUGGAGCAGAGGAAACGCGUGCUCUGGAGUGAUGAAUUACGCUUCACCAUCUGGCAGUCCAACGGACUAAUCUGGGUUUGGUAGACGCCAGGAGAAUGCUACCUGCCCGAAUGUAUAGUACCAACUGUAAAGUUUGGUGGAGGAUGACUAAUGGUCUGGGGCUGUUUUUCAUGGUUCGGGCUAGGCCCCUUAGUUCCAGUAAAGGGAAAUCUUAACACUACAGUAUACAAUGACAUUCUAGACGAUUCUGUGCAUCCAACUUUGUGGCAACAGUUUGGGGAAGGCCCUUUCCUGUUUCAGCAUGACAAUGCCCCCGUGAACAAAGCGAGGUCCAUACAGAAAUGGUUUACCAAAAUCGAUGUGGAAGAACUUGACUGGCCUGCACAGAGCCCUGACUCCAACCCCAUCGAACCCCUUUGGGAUUAAUUGGAACGCCGACUGCGAGCCAGGCCUAAUCGCCCAACAUCAGUGCCCGACCUCACUAAUGCUCUUGUGGCUGAAUGGAAGCAAGUCCCCGCAGCAAUGUUCUAACAUCUAGUGGAAAGCCUUCCCAGAAGAGUGGAGGCUGUUAUAGCAGCAAAGGGGGGACCAACUCCAUAUUAAUGCCUGUGAUUUUGGAAUGAGAUGUUUGACGAGCAGGUGUCCACAUACUUUUGGUCAUGUAGGGUAUUAUUACAUUUUUCUAUUUAACUUUUAUUUGUACAGGUUGGGUCACCAUUGAGACCAUUUGCAAGGUAGCCCUGUGAACAUGAACAUACAAUAAAUAAUAUCAAUACAAUAAAGAAAACAGGAUUAAUCAAAACAAACACAACUCUCGCAUAUCACCUCCCUUAAACUCGAUCUAAGCUGUCCAAUGGAGACCAGUGAGUUUAAUUUCAAGGUGACCUGAAGGCUAUUCCAUGAGCUGGGAACACAAAAGCUAGAAGCAUUUUCCCCCAGGUCAGUGGAGACCCGCGGGACCUCCAGAAGCAGUCAGUCCAGAGAGCGGGUCUGAAAAUGCGCAGUGGUCUAAGGCACUGCAUCGCAGUGCUAACUGUGCCACUAGAGAUCCUGGUUCGAAUCCAGGCUCUGUCGCAGCCGGCCGCGACCGGGAGACUCAUGGGCGGCGCACAAUUGGCCCAGCGUCGUCCAGGGUAGGGGAGGGAAUGGCCGGUAGGGAUGUAGCUCAGUUGAUAGAGCAUGGCGUUUGCAACGCCAGGGUUGUGGGUUCGAUUCCCACGGGGAAUAUAAAAAAAUAUGUAUUCACUAACUGUAAGUCGCACUGGAUAAGAGCGUCUGCUAAAUGACUAAAAAUUUAAAAAAUGUUUUAAAAAAUUGCUGGAUCUUCAUUUAAUACGUGAGCUGAUGUAGUGGGGAAAUCUCUGAAGAACCGCUUUAUGUACAAAAAGUAGCCAAUGCUGGGCCCUUCUGGUAGUCGGUGACUUCCAGCCAACAGAACUAUACAAAAUGCAGUGAUGUGUACGAAAAUUGUCCGUAGUGAUAAAACACAGUGCUGAAUGAUAGACUGAAUCUUAAGGUUUUAAAACAGAGGCUGCCACAUGCAUGUAGAUUACAUCACCAUAAUCAAGUACUGAGAGAAGCGUUGCUUGAACAAUCUUCCUUCUACUUUCCAAGGUGAGGCAGGAUUUAUUUCUAUAAAAGAAACCAAUCUUAAUUCUCAACUUUCUUGUCAGUUUUUCAAUGUGUGUUUUAAAAGAGAGCUUAUCGUCAAUCCAAAUACCCAAGUACUUAUAAUGGGGAACUUGUUCAAUUUGGGCUCCCUUCAAUGUGCAAAUAUGUAGGUCCUCAGGGUCAAUAUUACGAGACCUGGAGAACACAAUAAACUUGGCUUUAUUAGCAUUUAGCACUAGUUUAAGAUCAGUAAGCGAUUUCUGAAUGGAGUCAAAACCAUGCUGAAGUUUAUGAAUGGCCUGCUGUACUGAGGGGGCACAGGAGUAAACAACUGUAUCAUCCGCGUAGAGAUUAAGGUUACAGGUUUGAACAGAUAGACCAAUAUUAUUUAUAGAAAUAGUGACGAGACCAGGGCCAAAAAUCGACCCCUGCGGCACAUCUUUCGUAAUAUUGUCAGUAAGCACAUUGUGUCCUGUCCAUUAGAUAGUUCUUGAACCAACUGCAAGAUGCCUGACCUAGCCUAUUUCAGACAACCUUUGAACAAGUAAGAAAUGGUCAACAGUAUCAAAUGCCUUUAACAGGUCAAUAAAUAAGGCGGCACAAUGAUUUUUAUGGUCUAAACAAUAUAGCACAUCUAAGACAAGUGUAGCUGCUGAAACAGUGCUAUGUCUGUUAAUCCGUUUGUCUGCAUAUUUCAAGACAUGGCAUAUAGGGGUGUAAUGAGAUACCCAAUGGGCUGGACGAUUCUCUUGUCAUCACUCAUCUUGAAAAAAGGUAUACUAUACUGAACAAAAAUAGAAACGCAACAUGUAAAGUGUUGGUCCCAUGUUUCAUGAGCUGAAAAUAAAAGAUCCCUGAAAUUUUCCAUACGCACAAAAAGCUUAUUUCUCUAAAAUGUUGUGCACAAAUUUGUUUACAUCCCUGUUAGUGAGCAUUUAUCUUUUUCCAAGAUAAUCCAUCCACCUGACACGUGUGGCAUAUCAAGAAGCUGAUUAAACAGUAUGAUCAUUACCUUGUGCUGGGUACAAGAAAAGGCCACUCUAAAAUGUGCAGUUUUGUCACACAACACAAUGCCUCAGAUGUCUCAAGUUUUGAGGGAUCGUGCAAUUGGCAUGCUGACUGCAGGAAUGUCCAACAGAGCUGUUCCCAGAUAAUUUAAUGUUAAUUUCUCUACCAUAAGCCGCCUCCAACGUCAUUUUAGUGAAUUUGGCAGUACGUCCAACCGGCCUCACAACCGCAGACCAUGUGUAACCACGCCAGCCCAUGACCUCCACAUCCAGGGAACUUCACCGACGAGAUCGUCUGAGACCAGCCACCCAGACAGCUGAUGAAACUGUGGGUUUGCACAACCCAAGAAUUUCUGCACAAAAUGUCUCCGGGAUGCUCAUCUGUGUGCUCGUCGUCCUAACCAGGGUCUUGACCUGACUGCAGUUUGGCGUUGUAACCUGGAGAAGUGUGCUCUUCACGGAUAAAUCUCGGUUUCCACUGUACCGGGCAGAUGGCAGACAGCAUGUAUGGCGUCAUGUAGGCGAGCGGUUUGCUGAUGUCAACGUUGUGAACAGAGCGGUGGGGUUAUGGUAUGGGCAGGCAUAGAGCUACGGACAAUAAACACAAUUGCAUUUUAUCAAUGGCAAUUUGAAUGCACAGAGAUACCAUCACGAGAUCCUGAGGCCCAUUGUCGUGCCAUUCAUCCGCCGCCUUCACCUCAUGUUUCAGCAUGAUAAUGCAUGGCCACAUGUCGCAAGGAUCUGUACACAAUUCCUGGAUGCUGAAAAUGUCCCAGUUCUUUCACGGCCUGCAUACUCACCAGACAUGUCACCCAUUGAGCAUGUUUGGGAUGCUCUGGAUUGACGUGUAUGACAGCGUGUUCCAGUUCCCGCCAAUAUCCUGCAACUUCGCACAGCCAUUGAAGAGGAGUGGGACAACAUUCCACAGGCCACAAUCAACAGCCUGAUCAACUUUAUGCAAAGGAGAUGUGUCGCACUGCAUGAGGCAAAUUGUGGUCACACCAGAUACUAACAGUUUUUUAUAUCCACGCGCCUACUUUAAAAAAAAAAGGUAUCUAUGACCAACAGAUGCAUAUCUGGUUUCCCAGUCAUGUGAAAUCCAUAGAUUAGGGCCUAAUUUAUUUAUAUAAAUUGACUGAUUUCCUUAUAUGAACUGUAACUCAGUAAAAUCUUUGAAAUUGUUGCGUUUUAUAUUUUUGUUCAGUGUAAAAACGUUGAAAUCAAUCUGCCAUCAUUAACACAAUGGAAAAAUGGAAUGAUUUAUUAUUGAAAUAGCAUGGGCGACCAAGAAAAACAAAUUGGUACAAUGAAGGCACUAGGGAUGGGGGUGUGAGCAUGCGGGUCUGGGCAGAUGAGAUGUAGUCAUUGUUUGUGUGCGCCUGUAAGUUGUUGUUCAUAUCUAUAAUUUUGUAUCUGGAGUAAAAAAUAUAUAUAUUAUAAUAAAUACAUAAAUAAUAAUGAAACAGUGCUAUGUCCAGGUCUACAACCAGAUUGGUGCUCAUUAAGAAUAGAAUGAGACAUUGAAAAAGUUAUACGCUGAGAGUUGGCCAGUGACUCUAAAACUUUGUCAAGGCAAGAAAUUGGACAGUAGUUAUCCAAGUCAGAAGGAUCUCCGCCUUUGUGUAGGGGGAGGACUUGUGCCGUUUUCCAGAUCUUAGGGAUAACCCCAGAUUUUACAGGGUGUUUAAAGUUGGGGCGGGUUGGUUUAGUUAUCAGCUGAGUUAGAUUUAGCUCAAUGCAGAUAUAUUUCAGCCUAUCAGAAGCUGGCAUCAACAAUCCAGAUUAAGAUCACCCAAAAUUAAUAAUUCAGAUGUAGCAUAAUUAGAUAGACAAUUGGAGGGAGGGCUAUAAAUUCCAACUAGCAUAAGUUGGGCAUUAUUACCAAGGGCCACAUUUAGGACUAGACAUUCAAAUUGCUUAGGGACAGAGGUAGUGAGAGAUACACAAACAUUUAAGUUGUCCUUUGUAAAUAUGGUGACACCUCCACGUCUGCCAACUCUGUCAGAUCCAAAACAUUAUAACCAGCCAGAGACUCAUCAGUAUCCGGCACAGUCUUAUUUAGCCAAGUUUCCCUCAACUCCUCCCAUCUAUCUCUGAAUACCAUCCAGUUUUGAUUUCUAUUUGCCAUAUAUUUUUAACUGUGCUGUUUCACUAAAGUUCUGAACCUAUAUACAUUUUACGGACACAGUAUAUUUUACAUUACUUAUCUUGUUGUUUUUAGUCCCACCCUUCAGCUCCACUCAACCCCUACCAUCUAUCUCUGAACACCAUCCAGUUUUGAUUUCUAUUUGCCAUAUAUUUUUCAACUGUUCUAUGAUGUUUUACAAAAGUUCUGAACCUUUCUAGUCUCAUAGAUUCUACAGAUUGACAUUUUUGCUAAAAGUUUUAUUAUGUUAUUGAUCGAUUGACUAUGACUUUUCAAAUCACCCAGUAGUGCUAUCUGCAGAGUUAGAUCCAGGUAAAUGUUGCACUUCUUCAGCCAUUUCUGAACCUGUGACCAAAAACAAGCCACAUAUGGACAGUACCAAAACAAAUGAUCUAAUGAUUCUGUCUUUUCGCAGCAAAAUCUGCAGAGCUGGGAUGGUUGUAUCCCAUAUAUAUAUAUAUAUAUAUAUAUACAUACACAGUGGGGAGAACAAGUAUUUGAUGCACUGCUGAUUUUGCAGGUUUUCCUACUUACAAAGCAUGUAGAGGUCUGUAAUUUUUUAUCAUAGGUACACUUCAACUGUGAGAGACAGAAUCUAAAACAAAAAUGCAGAAAAUCACAUUUGUAUGAUUUUUAAGUAAUUAAUUUGCAUUUUAUUGCAUGACAUAAGUAUUUGAUCACCUACCAACCAGUAAGAAUUCCGGCUCUCACAGACCUGUUAGUUUUUAUUUAAGAAGCCCUCCUGUUCUCCACUCAUUACCUGUAUUAACUGCACCUGUUUGAACUCGUUACCUGUAUAAAAGACACCUGUCCACACACUCAGUCAAACAGACUCCAACCAUUCCACAAUGGCCAAGACCAGAGAGCUGUGUAAGGACAUCAGGGAUAAAAUUGUAGACCUGCCCAAGGCUGGGAUGGGCUACAGGACAAUAGGCAAGCAGCUUGGUGAGAAGGCAACAACUGUUGGUGCAAUUAUUAGAAAAUGGAAGAAGUUCAAGAUGACGGUCAAUCACCCUCGGUCUGGGGCUCCAUGCAAGAUCUCACCUCGUGGGGCAUCAAUGAUCAUGAGGAAGGUGAGGGAUCAGCCCAGAACUACACAGCAGGACCUGGUCAAUGACCUGAAGAGAGCUGGGACCACAGUCUCAAAGAGAACCAUUAGUAACACACUACGCCAUCAUGGAUUAAAAUCCUGCAGCGCACGCAAGGUCCCCCUGCUCAAGCCAGCGCAUGUCCAGGCCCGUAUGAAGUUUGCCAAUGACCAUCUGGAUGAUCCAGAGGAGGAAUGGGAGAAGGUCAUGUGGUCUGAUGAGACAAAAAUAGAGCUUUUUGGUCUAAACUCCACUCGCCGUGUUUGGAGGAAGAAGAAGGAUGAAUACAAUCCCAAGAACACCAUCCCAACCGUGAAGCAUGGAGGUGGAAACAUCAUUCUUUGGGGAUGCUUUUCUGCAAAGGGGACAGGACGACUGCACCAUAUUGAGGGGAGGAUGGAUGGGGCCAUGUAUCGCGAGAUCUUGGCCAACAACCUCCUUCCCUCAGUAAGAGCAUUGAAGAUGGGUCGUGGCUGGGUCUUCCAGCAUGACAACAACCCGAAACACACAACCAGGGCAACUAAGGAGUGGCUCCGUAAGAAGCAUCUCAAGGUCCUGGAGUGGCCUAGCCAGUCUCCAGACCUGAACCCAAUAGAAAAUCUUUGGAGGGAGCUGAAAGUCCGUAUUGCCCAGUGACAGCCCCGAAACCUGAAGGAUCUGGAGAAGGUCUGUAUGGAGGAGUGGGCCAAAGUCCCUGCUGCAGUGUGUGCAAACCUGGUCAAGACCUAAAGGAAACGUAUGAUCUCUGUAAUUGCAAACAAAGGUUUCUGUACCAAAUAUUAAGUUCUGCUUUUCUGAUGUAUCAAAUACUUAUGUCAUGCAAUAAAAUGCAAAUUAAUUACUUAAAAAUCAUACAAUGUGAUUUUCUGGAUUUUUGUUUUAGAUUCCGUCUCUCACAGUUGAAGUGUACCUAUGAUAAAAAUUACAGACCUCUACAUGCUUUGUAAGUAGGAACACUUGCAAAAUCGGCAGUGUAUCAAAUACUUGUUCUCCCCACUGUAUAUAACAUUCUAUUGGUUGCAAGAAUUUUGUAUAAUAAUUUUAAUUGAAAAAUGUUACGUUUUGAAUUCGGCGCCGUUUUGUGUAACAGUUUUGUGUAACAGUUCAAUAACCAUGUGCCAUGGAAUUGGUACAUCGAAAAUCUCUUCCCAACUAUUUGGUCCUGAAAUUAAACUGGUAUACUUUUUUAUUUAUCACCAUUUUCUUUAACCAAUUUUUGUCUAUAAUGCAGGGCUGACAGACAAGUUCCUUACUGUUUCCCCCUUCCACUUGCCUCUUCCAUUUUUGCAGUUUCAGAUAUUACCAGAAUGUCCACAUUGGUUUGAGAGGCCAGAGUUAUAAUCAAAUCAAUUUUCGAGAUCAAACUUCUGGCAUUUACAUGAAUCAGUCCAACGCCGCAGCUGAGGGAUUUCAUAUGAGACUCUAAUAUAAGCACACUAUGCUCAGUUGGUAGCCCCUUAUUUGAAAAUACCAUAGGGCUAGCUUGAAUUGGUAUAGAUACAAGCUUGUCUAGAACUGUACCAUUGGGCCUAUGUUUUGAGCUAGGACAUGGAUUAAAACAAGAGUCAAUGAGUGUUUACAUGAAGUAUGAUGCUAAUGCUGAUCAUUUAUGGUUGGGAUUACCUGAGCGGAACUUCGGGUGUUGAUAAUGUCACCCUGGUAGUCAACCACCAGUUGUCCUCUCUCGGUUUUAGGCUAUUCCAGACAGGGAUGGGAAGCGUUGUCUCUUUUGUGUGAAGACCCCCAGCAAGACCUAUGAGAUGAGUGCCGCCGACCAGAGACAGAGGGUGGAAUGGACCCAAGGUGAGGGGAUGUGAACAAGUGUAACGCCCUGCCUGAGACACAAGCCUAAUUGUCAUCCUCGGACCAAGGGGAUAUCCUGUUGACCUAAUGGUUAAAACAUUACAUUAAACAUGGGUUGAAAAGCAUUAGGGAAGGAAAUUCACUUUUUUCUGAUUCUCCUGUGGGUGUGUGUUUGUGUCUGUGUGUCCUCUCUCUCCCCAGCCUUGCAGACUGCCAUCCGUCUCCAGGGUGAGCGCAAGUCCUCCCUGCACCAGGAACUAAAGCUGAAGAGGCGGGUCCAGCGCGAGCAGAGCCAACGGGGGCGCUGCCUGAGCGGCAGCCAAUCAGAAGAGCUUACCAUUCAAGACCGGGAGAGGGAAAAGGAACGGCAAGGACAGGAGAUAGAGAGUAUUAUUCAGGUGAGAGGGAGGGAGAGAGAGAGGCAUUAAAGAGGAGAGAUAGAAAGGAUGAGUGGGGGGAAAGAGGGGGUAAUGCAUACAUAGUAUACAGUACUUAACAUGACAUGUAGGAUGUAUGUGUCCCACAGCACCAGCGAGAGGUGGAGGAACGGCGCAGGGAGGAGGAGGAGAAGGAGAGAGAGCAACAGAAGGAGGUCCAGAGAGAGUUGGAGAGACAGCUAGAGGAGGCCGAGAAGGUGAGAUCAUGUACUGAAGAAUAAAGUCGAAUUAGGUUUAUUAGUGCACCUGUGUAGGUUCCCCAGAUAAAUGAGUAUAUGGUGUGUGUGAAUGAAUGCAUUCGGUGUACAUGUAUACGUGCCUGAUUGCCUGCCUGCGUGUGUUCCCCAGUUGCGGGAGAGCAUGCAGGCUGAGAUGGCAGAGAAGGAGAAGGAGGCCGAGCAGCAGAGGAAGAGGAUCCAGGAGCUGGAGCUGACCCAGCACAAACUGGAGGCCGCUCUCAACACGGAGAUACAGGCCCACAUGGAGGAGGAGAAAGUCAGGCUGGAGCUAGAAGGGUAACACGCCUACACAAACUUAUCUCAACACGUAGAAACAGGCUCGCCUGGAGGAGGAGAAAUCAGGCACACACACACAAUUACACACACACACACACACAUAAGGAUACACACACAUGGCUGCAAGACUAAAGACACAGAUCAGAUCACCAAACGUCCCUGUCUAUUGCAGUGGAAUGGUCUUCUGUGCCCUUAUAUCCCUCAUCUCAUCCUCUCUCCUAUCUAUCUUUUCUCCCUUUCUACUGUCUCUCUACCGUUGUCCUCCUUCCUCUCCCAGGGUACUGCAGGCAGAGGAGGAGAAGCACAGGCAGUGUCUGCUCCUCCAGGAGCAGCAGGAGGCAUCCCGCCACAUCAGCCCCAGGGAGGAGGCCCCAAACGGAGCUAAGGAAGACGGGCCGGACCCCUCUGCCCUCCACUACGCCUCCCAGGAGCUCCAGAGCCUCCGAGAGACCCGAGAGAGGAGUCACCAGCACCUGGAGGUGAGAGAGAGGAGAUGA